UUUUUACGUUGAAUAGUAGUAAUUUAUGAACUCUCUGUGUAGCGCUGAUUCGACGACGAAACCGCUAAAAACAAUGCAUCAGUGCAGAUCAAGCACUUCCGAUGCUCACCGCCGCCGUGAAGUCACCUGAGAUACACUAUGAAUUCAGCGUUUUCUCCCUCUAUCGCCGGGAGGUAUAAUUGAAGGUAACAAAUACCCUUCCAAUAUUCGAUAUUACAAAUUUGAAACCAUUUUCUCCACUUUCCUAAACCCUAAGCACUAUUUAACUACUAUUCAUUUAUCAUCAUUCAUUAUUUUUUUCUUUUCUUCAAUUCAACAACGCUACAUUGCUUUCAAUUUUCACUCCAAUAACAUCAAUCAUCAUGUUCAAGUUCAAAAUAUGGCACAAUAGAACCAUUCUCUAUCUUAAGGGUUUAACUUCCGCACCAACAUCACCUCUCUUUUCUCUGCAUUUCUGCACCAACACUUCCGAUUCACCAUCAUUUGCAGUUUCAUACCUCAUCCACAAUUUUGGAUUCUCCCCACAAUUUGCAAACAAACUUUGCUCCACUUACAGUGUUAAAUUUAAGACCGCUCAAAAACCUGACUCUGUUCUCAGCUUCUUUAGAAAUCAAGGCUUCUCUGAUUCCCAAAUACACAAUAUCAUUGCAAAGGUACCAAGUCUUCUUUCCUGCGACCCCAUCAAAAGGGUAUUGCCAAAGUUUCAAUUUUUUCUCUCCAAAGGUGCUUCUAACUCUGACAUUGUUAACCUUGUUAGUAAGAACCCCGUGGUCCUGUCUUAUAGCUUGAAGAAUCGACUAGUCCCAAACUAUGAAUUGGCUUAUAGAUUCUUGAAAUCUCCCAAGGAAACUAUUUCGUGUACAAUUUCCAAUUCAGCUUUCUUUGGAAAAAGUAACGUGCCACAUAACAUCAGAUUGCUGAUGGAGAAUGGAGUAAAAGACUUGAACAUUACAAGAUUGCUUCAGACUCGGUGUCGGGCAUUCCAGCCACAUGACUUGCUGAAGUUGGUGGAGGAAUUAAAGGAGUUGGGUUUCAAUCCUUCAAAAUCAACUUUUGGUGUAGCAUUGCAUGCCAAAACAACUGUAACCAAAACCCGGUGGAAAGAGAAAGUUGAUGCCUUUAAGAAAUGGGGUUGGUCUGAUCAAGAUAUUGUGGAAGCAUUUAGAACGCAACCUAAUUGUAUGUUAGUAUCUGUUGAAAAAAUUAAUUUAUUUAUGAGUUUUUGGGUCAAUCAGUUGGGUUGGGAUGCUAUGGCCCUUGUCAAAGGAUCCUCGGUUUUUACAUUAAGUUUGGAAAAAAGGAUCAUUCCAAGGGCCCAAGUAGUGCAAUAUCUGCUGAAGAAAGGUUUGCGAAAAAAGACUGCAAGCGUGAUUUUUCCAUUUGUAGUGCCUGAGAAGAGGUUUCUUGAUAUGUUUGUAAAACGUUUUGAGGAGUCCUCUUAUCUAUUAAAGUUGUAUGGGAAAAACUCAAACUUGCAUGCACCAGGGACAAAACCUGCUUGUCAUGAUUAGAUUUUCAGAGAAUUUGACAUGUGUUCCGAAAAUUCUUUAAAAAACAAUCCAAUUCCUAUUCAAUUCAUCAAGAGUUGAAGGAUUUACUUCUGAUGGCGUUGAACAGACGGAACCCUCAUCCUUCACCUCAUACUUCUUAAAACUAAAUUAAUACUUACCUUUCUAAAAGAUCCUCGGUUUUUUUCCCAAGUUUGGAAAAAAGGAUCAUCCAAGGGCCCAAGUAUUGCAAUUUCUGCUGAAGAAAGGUUUGGGGAAAAAUAAUGCAAGCUUAAUUUCUCCAUUUGCAGUGCCUGAAAGUUGUUUGCUGAUAUGUUUAUAACACAUUUUGAGGAGUCUUCUUAUCUAUUAAAGCUGUAUGAGAAAAAACUCAAUCUUGCAUUUGCCGGGGACAAAACUUGCUUGUCAUGAUUAGACUUUCAUGUAUUUUAGCCUUACUAUGUUAUUAUUGUUCCAUGUUUGAUUAGAAAUUUGUUUGGUACAGAAUGUGAUUGGAGCUAGUUUAGUUUUGCUUACUUUUACAAA